CAAAAGGAAUAUGUUACACUGGCAACUAUUAGACAAAAAUUUCUGGAGCAAAACGAAUAUUUUCAAUUUUCCAUUGAUUCAUUGAGAAAGUGGAUCAAAAGUAUGGGUUUUAAAUGGAAGAAGUCCAAUAACAGAAAAUAUCUUAUGGAUUUACCGGAUAUUGUCCACAAACGAAUAAAAUUCUUAAGGGAGUACAUUGAAAACAAAAAUUUGGGACAUGAGGGUUAUACUCCGGUUUUUAUGGAUGAAACCUGGAUAUUUAGUAAGGGAUCAUUUCGAAACAGCUGGCAAGAUGAUACUAAGCACACGGAAUCAAUUAAACCCAAUGAAGGUCAUCGAUACAUUAUUGUCCACGCUGGGACGAACGAUGGCUUUAUUGGUGGGGCAAGUUUGAUUUUUAAAAGUGGAAAAAAAACAGGGGACUAUCAUGAUAAUAUGAACAGGGGUAAUUUUGAAAAUUGGUUCAAGACUCAACUGGUGCCAAAUCUUCCUGAAAAAUCUUUAAUUAUUAUGGACAACGCAAGCUACCAUUCUGGCCUUUUAGAGAAAAUUCCCACCAAAUCAUGGACAAAACAAAGAAUGAUAGAAUGGUUAGGGGAAAAAAAUAUCGGCUAUCCAGAAAAGGCAAUGAAGGAUCAAAUAUGGAGCAUUGUCAGCGCAAACUGCCCCAAAGAGAAAAAGUACUACCUUGAUGAAUAUGUUAAGCCUUUAGGACAUAAAAUUUUACGGUUACCGCCAUACCACUGCCAAUUUAAUGCGAUUGAAAUGGUGUGGUCUCAGUGUAAACGAAAAUACGAUCAGUACAUUGCAAAUUUUAAGGGAUCACCACAAGAGGUUUUGGCAACAUGGGAAAGGGUUAUCGGGGAGAUUUCUAGGGAUAAUUGGGAGAAAUACGUAAACCAUACGGACAAAGUAAUACAAGAGGCUUGGGGAGCAGUACAAGUUUGUGAUGCUUCUGACAUCCCACCUCUUGUUAUCACUACAGACGCAGAUGACGACCUUACUGACGACGAAUACUUUGAUUUUGACUCUGACGAUACGGACGAGGGCGACUAAUUUUCUUCUAAUACUGUGACCAUUACAAUCGCAAUAAAUUGGCAUUGGUAUAUUUUUGUUUUACGAUUUUGAUUUUCCAACUAUUCAUCAAGGUAGUGCAAUUUUUUCUUGUGUAGAUGUGGUUUCGAUAGUGGUUCUUUGAAUUUUUAUGUACUCCUCUGCUAAUUAUU